AUGAUCAACAACAACUUCUUCAUCAACUCACCUCUAGAACAAUUCGAAGUAACGCCGUUCAUUAAAUUUAACGCGCCUAUCCUAGGGGACUUCAACCUAUCACUAACAAACCUAGGGCUAUACGCUCUUAUCACAGUGUUCCUUGUUCUUGGACUACACAUUGUAGCUAACAACUCACACUCGCUAAUUCCUAGCAAAUGGAGUAUCGCACUAGAAAGCGCCUACGCCUCAAUCCACGCAAUGGUGCGGGACCAAAUCGGACCAAACAACGAAAUCUACACACCAUUCAUCUACAGUCUAUUCUUCUUUGUAGUUAUUGCUAACCUUAACGGGAACAUCCCAUACGGGUUCACAGUAACAACAUCAAUUAUGGUAGCUAUUGGACUAUCAGUAAUGAUCUUCCUAGGAGUAACUGUACUUGGACUAAGCAUCCACGGAGUACAUUUCUUUGCAUACUUCAUUCCAUCAGGUACACCACUGGGACUAGUACCUCUACUAGUUCUAAUUGAACUGAUUUCAUACCUAGCUCGAGCAGUAUCACUUGGAGUGCGACUUUUCGCAAACAUGGUAGCUGGUCACACACUACUGAAAAUUCUAUCAACAUUCCUGGCACAACUGUUCACAGCUAGCAUCCUAGUUGCUGUAGUAACACUAAUUCCUUUCGCAGUAUUCGUUGCACUAAUUGGUCUAGAAAUCGCGGUUUCUCUGAUCCAAGCGUACGUAUUCUGUGUUCUGACAUGUAGCUACAUCAAGGACGCAAUUGAACUGCACUAG